AUUUAAACGGGUGCUCGUUGGAGGACUAUAAGUUGAUAGAUCGCAAGAAGGCUCUUGAAAGAGUCAUGAAAACAGUUCGCCACCGUGUUGAGGUGGUGCCCUAUGAGCUCAAAAGCACGGGACAAGAUAUCGAAAAUAGUCUGAAGCUAGCUAUACGUAAAGACCUUGAAGGCUUGGUGUUGAAGGAUCCCAACUCAAGAUACGAGAUUGGAAAUUACACAACAGAGACAUGGAUCAAAGUCAAGCCCGAAUAUCUGCACGAGUUUGGUGAAAAUCUUGAUCUUGUUAUCGUUGGACAGAUACCAGCAGCAAAGACAACUUACAUAUGCGCGUUACGCGAUUCUGAAACCAGCGAAAGUUUCAGUACGCUCUGCGGAGUCUCGAACGGACUCUCUGUUGAUGAAUACCGCAAAAUACAGCAGAAGACGGCUGGGAAGUGGCAUCAAUGGGAUAAGGAACAACCAACAAAUGUUAAAUUUGGAAAGAAGAAACCCUUGAUGUGGAUUGACCCAAAAGAGUCUGUGGUGAUCGAAGUGAAGUCAAGUUCAAUCAGCGUGCAAGCGGAGAACAAUUAUGCCACCGGCUCCACAUUGUACGCUGCGUACUGUACCAAGAUCAGAGAAGACAAAACGUGGGAGACGGCAGAUACGCUGGAGACGUAUCAGAACUCUAAGCUAGAACGCGAUUAUGAGGCUAGUCACACGUUGGCCAAAAAAAGAAAAUUUGCUAGCACUAAAAAGGACGAUAUCCUUCAGCGGAUCAACCGAGGCUACAGGAGCAAUGUAGAUCCUUCCAAUCAAUUAUUCAAAAAUUACGUUUUCUGCAUAAUGACGGAUUGCAUGUUCAGAGGUGAACUUUUGAAGAAAACCGAGUUGGGCCAGAUUUUACAAACUUACGGUGGAACUGUUGUAAGAAAUCCCAACACCAUACUUGGUCCUGAGCAAAAGCUGAUUAUAUUGGCGGAUAAGGUCACAAUGGACGUCCUAGAGCUCCAACAAACUUAUAACAUAUUUAAGGCGAAAUGGUGCGAUGAUUCCAUCCUUAUGAAUCGUCUAGUCAAUUUAGAGCCCUCGCAUAUUACGGCAGCAGAUCCCGAGCUUUGGCAACGUUCGAAGUGCAACAUUGAUAGGUAUGGAGAUAGCAUUUGUGUUGAUUUCACCGUGCAGAGUUUUACAGAACUCGUCGAGAGAAACUACAAGGAAGGCAUAGCAUCGAGUCCAAGUGAUAGCCCCGAAUCCAGUGAGAUAACCCAACUUUUUGUUUUCCAUGGUGUGCGCUUUCACCUGCUAUGGAGAAACGAGAAUAGGUACAGGAUGUACAGGAACAUGGUAAUAGCCGGAGGAGGAAGAAUAGCUGACGAUUGGAGGGACGCCGAGUAUAUUGUCGCGGUAGAUCCCUACGAGGCAAUAGCCAAAGAACUGGAAAGUGAUUUGAAGGACAAUUUCUGCCGCACUGUUGAUGCCUCUUUUGUCCUUGAUUCUUUUAAACAAGGAGUGCUAGUUGAUCCUGAGGACUACAGAAUUGAUGUUGGCCACUCCUCGCACCCCGAAUAAAUCAAAAUAAUUCAGCUCUUUUGAAUAAUGAUUGGAGAAAAACAAAUGGUGAGAAAACACGCGCUUGCCAAUGCAUUGUUGCAUAGACAACUGAAGCGUAGCAUUUCGAUCCAUCAGGCUUCCAACAUUGUUAUAGAUAAGAGACAGCCUGACGUCUCGCCAGUUUCCAGCAAUAUCUCCGAGCUUUCCUCAGAUAGUUACCAAUUGCCUACCGAGGCUGUCUUUGACACGAUAGGACAUGACCAAUCUACUCUUUCUCUUACUGUUCCGCCUUCUGUGCCGGUCCAUGUGAAGCGUGGAUCAUUGAUGGCGCUUUUCACUGCCACGGAGACGAAGGCUAGCAUGAAAGAUAUUGUUCAAUCGAGAUUGGAAGUGCAGGAGCCAUUGAAACGAUUUGCCUAUGGUGGGCACACAUUUCUUUAUCAAAGACUAAUAUCCACUGUUCCUUUGACCUUGUUGGUUUCUGCCUACAACAGCACCUCGCUCGUUCGCAGAUCGAAAACUUCCAAGACCUUCUGUAAUUUGUCACUAGAUGGGUCUGUGGACUGGGCUCUGUUUAGUCCUGACUCUGUACAAGCAUACAGUGGAAACUCGCUGACCAUUACUAGCCAAAAGCUCCCUAGGUCCGUCUCAAAAGCCGGGGUGCGAAAAUUUGGCCUUCCCAAAAAUUCAACCCCUGGUCUUGCGGGAUUGUUUUCUUCUGGAUACAAGCACGUUUCAGGGCGAGGUUAUGUCUCCUUAGUUGGAGAGGGCUCUAUAUUCAAGUUGAAUCUUGAUGAAGACGAAGAAGUUCUUGUCAGAAAGGACAAUUUGUUUGCGGCCUCCGUAACCCAAACACAAGACUUAGCGGACGGUUACUUUGUCUCUCAAACUUUGGACAAGCAAUUACAAGCUGAACCAGAGGUCAAAGUGAGUCAUACACAACAAGAGGAAAGCGUUUUUUCUAAGGUCAAAGAAUUCGUUUCCAAGGGUUGGGGUUACCUCCAUCGUAGACAGCAGUCUUUGUUUGAUACGAUCAUUGGUAACGGAAGCUAUAUCAAUGUUAGAGGCCCUCGCAUCUUGCUGAUACAGGCCAACACAGGCGAAGAUCGAUACGUCGUCGGAAGCCGAAGCUCGGUCUCAUCUGUGGAGAAAUAUAUUAAAAAGGGCGGUUUUUCUCAGCCAUUGAGAUCCUCUGAAGACUACAUGAGCUAUGCCACGGUCAAAGAUGGACGUGUUGAGUUCCGAAACACUCCGAACUUUGACGAGACGGUAGCCAAAAUUGAAUUGAAGCGACAAGACAAGGCUGUGUAAAUUGUAGAUAAAGGCAAAAGAAAAAAAA